UUGCCUCCUUGGACGUAAACAAAGUAGUCCGUGAUCUGAUGGUCGUUUUUGCCACCCAGCCAAGCUGUCAGUGAAUUUUGCUUUUUCUCCAGCGCGAACGACGAAGAAUCCCCGAUGGAUUCCGGAGCCUGUCCCGCGGUGGAUCACCAGCAGCAGGAACCCGUUCCGACGAUGACGACGUCACCCACCGAUCAGCAAGAGGACGGCGGAGGAGGAGAUUGUGCCCGCUGUGGCGAAUCCAGAUCGCUGGACGCGUCCCUGAUGGAAGAGUUGAACCAGCAGUACGAGCGACGACUCCGGAUCGUCGAGGACCACGGGGACGAUCUACAGUUCAAGGUCCAGCUGUUCAGCGACUGGAUCAAGCAGCUGCGCACGAUGAACCUGGACCUGGUGGAGGCGAUCCAGAACAUCCAGGACACGUGCCGCACGCGGCUGGAGCAAAUGCGCGACAUGUACCGCAAAAACGAGGCCCGCUUCGGGCCGGAAGCGGCCAAACGGCUCGAGGGUGACCGCAGUGCCCUGCUGGAGGUCAUCCGGAGGGCGUACACCACCGGUAGCUGGGACAUUAGCGGCAUUGAGUUCUUCAACGUGAGCAUCGAGGAGCUGUUUGGAAGUCGCGGUGAUGCGGCGAAGGUGAAGGUGGAGGAACCGACCAUAUCGGUGAAUCUGGCCGUUUCGUCAAACUAUCCGAUUGAGAACGCCCAGGUGGAGGAGCUGCGGCAAGAGCUGGACGCGAAGGAACGACAAAUCAAAAACCUGGAACAGCUGUUGGAGGAAAAGUUCCAUCAGACGGAGAGUGAAUUCGAUACGGAUUCCAACAUUCGGUCGGCAGAUUGUGAUUCCAACAGUAAGCCAAUGUUGGAUCAGCUGAGACAUAUGAUGCAGGAAAAGAACCAAGAGUUGGAGCAGCGAUCGCUGCGUAUUGAUGAGAUGAGCAAAGAAAUAGAUCUCCUGAAUAACUCGUUGGAAUCUUUGAAGGAUUCCAAUAAGCUUCACUCCCAGUCGGACACCAAAUUGCUGCAAGAGUUGCAGAACGUCUCUCGUGCAAACUCGGAGGAAUUGGACGCCACCAAGCGGGAAAACGCCGAGCUUCGCAAGCAAAUCAACACCUUGAAAAACCAGCUAGAUUCACAGUCAAUUGUCGACAACCGGUCGCUGGUCGACGAGGUGAAGAACCACUACGACCGUAACCGGCAGCUCGAGCGGAAGCUGCGCAAGUGUGAACAGUCGCUGGCGGAGGCGAACAGCGCCGUAAGCCACCGGAACAAAGUGAUUGACCAGCUGCGGCAGGAGCGGAACUGCCUGAAGAAGUGCAUUCCUCCGGCCGCGCUCGAAUCGAUGGCCCUGGUCGACUCGCUCGCCUCCGAAUCGUGUACCUCCCUGGGCAGUGGCAGUUCCGGCUCGUCCGUCGAAACGGUCGUCCACUCGAGCGAUCUCAAGUCGAAGCUGCUCGAGCUGCAAGCGGUACGAGCCGGCCAGGACAACGUGAUUGCCGAGCUGCGCGGCAAGCUGAACGCCAACGAGAGCGAGCUGAGAGCGCUGCACAACGAUUACGACAACAACGAGCGCAAGUUGUUUUUAAUACGCACGGAGAUUGUGAGACUGAUUAGAGCUACGAGGGAGAACUUUAGCAAGUCCGGUAUCACCCUAGCGUACAGCGUUCGAGCGUUGGAGGAGUUCCUGUCGCAACCGUUGAUUGGUGUUAACUUGUCCGAUUUUACGCUAGACGAGAAGGAUCAGGCCAUCUUGACCUGUCUGCAGCAGCAUCUGGGAGCGAUCGUGCAGGUGUUUCUGCAGUCGCUGGAGAAUCAAAGCGAAAUACGGGCAGCCCUGGAGGAUUCCCGUCAGGAGAUCAUGUUGCUGCAGCAAGAAAACCGCAAAAACCAACAGCUCAUCGAGCUGCUAAAGGCGGAGGAUCAGCAGCAGCUAGACGAGGAGGGAGAUUCCGCGACCACCCUCGAGGACAAGGAAACAUCAAUCGAUUCCGACAUCAUGAGCAGCGUAUCGUACGAACAGACGAUAACCGAAUCGCUUGCAGCUCAGCGCGCCCGAAUGCAGCAUGUUCUCAGAGACAUGGCAAAAGAGAUUUCCUAUCUGUUAGGAAAGGAUUUGUCAAGCGAAUCCUUGAGCACGUUCUCCGAGCUGGACGCCACCCCGCUGCACUACCUGAUCGAGGACCUGAAGCGCGAGAUCGACGCCAAGGACACGCUGCUGCAGGGCAAAACGGAAAGCAUCGUCCAGCUGGAGGAACGCGUGACCGUGCGGGAGAAGGAACUGCACCGGCUAAAGUUGCGCCACGAUUCCGCCAGUCAGGAACGAACGAGUUAUGAGAAAAGGAUCGAGCAUUUGCAAGAGGCACUGCGCGAGCAUGACCGGACGAUCGAGGUGUUCCGGCAGCAGAAUGCCAUCCUCGGCCAACAGCUGGAAGAUAUGAGCGAAACGCUGCAAACGUACAAAGAAAACCUCCGGCGGACCGUCGAAGAGAAAAACAACGCCGAGGACGAGUGUAAAAAUCAGCUCGUGACCAUCUGCAAUCUUCGAUCGGCCCUCGAGGAGACAAAGCGCAACGGGGGCGCUUCCAUCCAACAGCUUCACGACGUGAUUCAAACGCUGCAGUCGGAGGUAGCGCUGCUAAGUGAACAUUUGAACUAUGCAUUUCGGGAGAAUCUCGCCAAGGACGCCGAGCUGGAGCAGUACCGGGACGCGAACCUGCAGUUGCGUUGCCAGCUGGCCGAGCUGAACAGGGACGUGCAGGAGCUGAAGGACAUCGUUUCGCUGGUUGACGUUCGCAGGGAGCUCGAGGACCAGAAGCACCGACACGUGGCGCUGCUCAAGGAUGAAAUGAAAAGCCUGCAGGCCCAGAUGGCCGAUUUCCAGCGCGAGAUUGCCUCCAGACAGCGUGACCGUGAAUACCUGACCUACUUCCGGGAAAAGUGCGCCGAACUGGAAAUGGAACACCAGCUGGAACUGCAGCGGAUGCGGGACGAAAUCGAGUCCCUUAGCGGCCAACUGGCGGGCUACAGUGAAACGAGCGUUCAGCACGAGCAACUGUUGCGGGAGUCGAACACGCUGCAGAACACGAUACAGGAGCUGCAGAACCACAACGAUGUGCUCCAGAAGGCGAUCCAGUCGCACGAGGAAAGCAUCGAGCAGCUGCAGCAGGAGCUCAGCACGUCCAAGUUUCAGUUCGGUAAUAUCAACCAGGAGCUAGAGAACCUUAAAGCAUCGUGCAGUGAGAAAGAUAGCAAAAUUAUAAGUCUCAACGUGGAGCGGGAGAAGCUGCAGGGUGAUUUGAGUCUGCACAAACGGAUGUGCAAAUGUAACUUUAAUACAAAUGUGAAGGAGAGGUCCAAAACGCCCGUGUCGCACUCGCUCCAGAAGCAGGUGGUGCAGAAAUCCCUCGAAGCAACCAAGGCGGCGGAUGCGUUGAAACAGAAAACAGCCGAGUUAAAGAAGCUCGAGACGCAGUACGUGGAGGAGCGGAUUCGGCUUACGGAGCAAACGACGGAUCUCUUCACGCAGAUUGGCAAGCUGAAAGGCAAAAACUCAAACCUGGAGCAAAGCCUGUUCAACAAGGAGGAACUCAUAGAGCGGUUACAACAGAACCUCCGCGAUCUAACGCAACGGUUGACGGCCAAAUCAGAGAUUGCACAAACCAUGGAAACCAGAAGCGUCAACCUCUCACAAAAACUGGACAAAAUCCGGGAGGACUCGACGGCGCGGGAAAAGCGCCUCUCGGAGGAACUCAACACCAUUCGGCGCAGCUCGCAGGACCAGCAGAACCAGCUGCAGCAGUGCGAGAACCAGCUGGCGUGGCACCGCGAAGAGCUGAAGGAACUCCGAGGGAAGGCCGAAGCCGUGCUGAAGGAGAGAAAUUCUUUGCGUCAACAAACGUCGGAUCUCACCAGCAAACUGUCGAUAGCUGCGGGGAAGGAGAGUGCCCUGUGUGAAGUACUUAAACAGCUCCAGGAUGAGCUAUCUACCAAAACUAGUCGAUUAGCGGAAGUGGAGGACAACUAUCGUAAGAUAAGCCACGCGUACCAAAAUCUACGAGUGUUCAACGAAGAUCUCGCCAAGCAGAACCAGGCGGCUCGCGUUCAUCUGGAGAACUACAAGGCGCUGGUGGAGUUCAAGCGGCAAACCAUCAACACCGUCGAGCUGGGCCGGAAGUGUGCCGAAGAGUCCCGAGCGCGGGAACGUUUGCUGGAGCAGAAAAUUGCCGAACAGAAGCGGUUGAUUGGCCAACUGCGCGAGGAUCGUGUCAAGCUGAUGGAUAAACUUCAAGAUUACCACAAGGACUCGUUGAUCCUGAACCAAACGAUCGAGGGUUACCAGCAAACGUACGACGACAGUCGAAGAAACCAAAAUACUUCUCUGCAUCAACCAUUCUAUCCAUCCGGAGCGUUCCGUCUGGUUCGGUCCAGCAGUGAUCCAAACUGUAAAGAGGGUGACGAUUUGCUACGGAAGCUUCAGCUGACCAGGUCCCGGCUGCACAGGACGAGGGAGUUUUGGCAGCAGGGCAUCAAAGAGAUUUUGGCACCCAAGUGAGGAGUGAGAAGGAAUAAGCAUCGUGGCAUCAUGUCAAAACCGGCACUAGGGACCGUUAUUGCAUUUGUGACGUAGUGGUGUAGCUUGAUAGGUCAAGUUUUUCGAUGAAUUUCCGUACAAUUUGUAUUAUAUUUUGAUACGUUGAUUAUUUCGUAUUUUAUACUGUAGAGAAGAUGUUUUUCGUAAAUUAAA